CUAUCAAUGACAGAAAUUUAUUUGAAAUGAAAAUAUUUCUAGCUAUUUCUAUCCUAAUUCAAAAGGCAGCACUUCCACUUUCAACAGAUAAUUGGUGGUGUUCAGUGCGUAAAGAAACACAUUUUCUGAUUACACCGGAAUGGGCAAGGACACUGCGGGUACCAGCUGGGAGUACUAUAAAGCCUGGAUAGUUUAAAGAAUUAAGGCAAUAUGAUUUACAUCAAAUUCAAUUUGCAUUGAAGUCCAUACUGGCAUGCUAGCAGUUUCCGUACAGAAGCAGUACCCAUAUUUUGGUUUAAACACUAAUGAUUUUUACUUGCAUUGUUCAAAUUGAUAUCAAAUCAAGCAGAUGCAUAAACGAGACAAAAUCUAAAUGUCAGUCGGCAUUUUGAGAAGAUAUCUAUUUAAUGCACAGACAUUAGAUCUUGACAGUUUUAACCUUGAGCGAAUGAAAGAGAAAAAGAAUAGUUACCACAAGAAAGGUCAGCUUUUGAAUCGUUUGGGAGCACAAGUUAAUCAUGGGCAGUAUAUACUCACUGAAGACUUAGCAGCACUCUUGUAUCUAACAGAACCAGAUGAUGACUUUGAUUUAGUGCUUAAAGUUGUACAAAGGUAUCAGGAGUUCCAGGAAAAGGCCAAAUUAAAGAUACGCUUCCCACUUGGAAUUAAGAUGCUACAAAUGUUAUAUAUUGUUGAGAAGGAGGAUUUAGCACUUAAAUGGUUUUUAAAUGAUAAAAAUACUGUAAACCCUAUGUGUAGAUCUCGUAAAUGUUUUUUGAUCAUGAUGGACAUGCUAUUUGAAUGUGGUUUAUAUGAAGAAGUUGUUAACCUGAUUUUGACUUGUGAAAAUUUCCUGGACAAAAAAUACCCGGAGCUAAUGUUACUAGCACUGGCAGCACUCUACAAAAUGAAUACAAAAGAAUCUUUCCAGCAGAUGUUGACAUUAGUGAGUGAACUCUCAAAAGACAGUGUGCAGUUAACAGACAGAUGUGCUUUAAUGUGCUGUAUGUUAGCUUACCAACAGGGAGAAAUAGAAGUAAUGCUGGAAAUGAUAAAGCUGCCAAUCUUUACUGUCAAACAGGAAUCAUUUUACACAUCUCAUAUAAUAAAUGUGAAGAUACUUGCCUACAUUAGAUUAGGGAGGAUUGAAGAGGCUGUUGGCAUGGUUGAGAGUAUAUUUGGCAUGUACAAGAAUGCUUUCCCAGUUAUCUUUGAUGAUGUUAUAAACGAAUUGACAACACAAACCAAAUUGGCAGGAAAUAAACUAUUGGACAGGAAAUGCGCAGAAAUUACAAGAUCAUUGAAAGCAUCUGGAUAUGCUAUGAAAAUUACCACUGAACAAUAUUUAUUUAACAAUAUAAGUGUUAAAGAAUAUGAUUUCUUAUGUAAUAAUGAUAUUAGGGAAAGUAAUAUUUUAAAAGUAAAUGAUUUUAAGAAUUAAAUAUAAUGUACUUAUA